AUGCUUCGAAACGCUGCAAACGCGGCUCGCAAGGCCGUCACGGAGCUCUCGCUGUAUCCGAAGCCAGGCGACAAGCUUCACGGCUUCACGCUUGUCCGAUCAAAGCACGUUCCCGAGCUGGAGCUGACCGCGCUGCACCUGCAGCAUGACAAGACGGGCGCCGACUACUUACACAUUGCUCGCGAGGAUGGCAAUAAUGUCUUCUCGAUUGGCUUCAAGACGAAUCCGCCCGAUGACACGGGCGUGCCGCACAUUCUCGAGCACACGACGCUCUGCGGGAGCAAAAAGUACCCGAUCCGCGACCCCUUCUUCAAGAUGCUGCCUCGGACGCUGUCCAACUUCAUGAACGCCUUUACUGCCUCGGACCACACCUUCUAUCCCUUUGCCACGACCAACGCCCAAGACUUCAAGAACCUCAUGUGUGUCUACCUCGACUCUACGCUGCACCCGCUGCUUAAGCCGUCUGAUUUCACGCAGGAGGGCUGGCGAAUCGGGCCUGAGAACCCCGCGGGCCAUACCGAGGAGAGCAAGAAAUUAGUCUUUAAAGGCGUCGUCUACAACGAGAUGAAGGGACAGAUGUCUGAUGCGGGCUAUCUCUACUAUAUCCGAUUCCACGACCACAUCUUCCCCGACAUCAACAACUCUGGUGGCGAUCCCCAAAAGAUCACCGACCUUACGUAUGACCAGCUCAGAAAGUUUCACGCCGACCACUAUCACCCGACCAACGCCAAAAUCUUCACCUAUGGCGACAUGCCUCUUGCCGAUCACCUACACGAACUAGACGCCAGGCUUCAGGCCUUUGAUAAGAUACAGGCUGACAAGCAGGUCCACGAGCCCGUUAGGCUCCGAGGGCCGAGCGAGGUCACCCUAUACGGUCCGCUCGACCCUCUGGUCGAUGCCGAUCGCCAGUUCAAGACGUCGGUAUCCUGGAUCACUGGUGAAACGACUGAUAUUCUCGAGUCCUUCUCCAUCUCUCUCUUGUCCUCUUUACUCAUGGACGGGUACGGAUCGCCCCUGUACCGAGGUCUUGUCGAGGCCGGCAUGGGUGCCGACUGGAGCCCCAACGCGGGAUACGACAGCUCGGCCAAGCGCGGCAUCUUCUCGAUCGGCUUGACUGGCGUUCAGGAAUCUGACGUACCCAAGCUCAAGGGCCGCAUCCGAGAGAUAUUGCGUCAGGUUCGGGACAAUGGGUUCGAGAAGACAAAGAUCGACGGCGCCUUGCACCAACUGGAACUCUCACUCAAGCACAAGACUGCCAACUUCGGCUUCUCCAUGCUCAACAGGCUGAAACCCCGGUGGUUCAACGGCACUGAUCCUUUCGACUCGCUGGCCUGGAACGACACGAUUCACGCAUUCAAGACCAAACUGGUGCAGGGCAAGUAUCUCGAAGGGCUCGUCGACAAGUACCUCCUUAACGAUAACACGCUGACUUUCACAAUGGCGCCAUCCACCACCUACGGGGAAGAGUUGGCCGAAGAAGAGCGAGGUCGGCUGUCGGCCAAAAUCAGAGAGGCGGUGCAGAAGGCAGGUGGUAAAGAAAGUGCUCAGAAGCAAUUCGAGGACCAGGAGCAGGCGCUCCUGAUCGAGCAGAACCGGACCAACACAGAGGACCUCAGCUGCCUCCCCACCGUCCACGUCGCGGAUAUCCCCCGCAUCCAGGAACCUGUAGUCAUGCGAGACGAAACGGUUGAUGGAAUCCCCAUUCAGUGGAGAGAAGCACCGACCAACGGUCUCACCUACUUCCGCGCCAUCAAGACGUGGGACAAUCUCCCGGAUGAUCUGCGAGAGCUUAUCCCGCUGUUCACCGACAGUAUCAUGCGACUGGGCACCAAGACCAUGACAAUGGAGCAGCUCGAAGAUAUCAUCAAGCUCAAGACGGGUGGCGUAUCCGUCGGGUACCACUCCACGCCGUCGCCCGCAGACUUUCACCAGGCCAGUGAAGGCAUCAUCUUCACUGGCAUGGCUCUGGACCGACACGUGCCAGACAUGUUCGCCAUCCUGCGCAGGCUGGUGCAGGAGACGGAUUUUGACAGCCCCGAAGCCCCCGCCAGGAUACGGCAGCUGUUGCAGGCCUCUGCGGACGGCGUCAUCAACGACAUUGCAUCGUCUGGGCACCGGUUCGCAAUGGGCUAUGCAGAGUCGGGGCUGACGCGAAGCGCCUGGCUUAGGCAGCUCAAGGACGUUAUUGGCAAGCUGAAGCGUAUCCAGCGCUUUGCGCUAGCGAGCGGUGACAUGCGCACGGCGAUUACUUGCGGAUCCGAAAGCGCGCAGGAUAACCUCCAGUCAUUGCGGCGGUUUGUGGCAGAGCUGCCGAAGGGGGCCGUCAGCACAAGGACCGACGCUCCCAUCCGAUUGCCCACGGACCGCAAGACGUUCUUCCCCCUGCCCUAUCAGGUGUACUACGGUGGCCUCUCGGUUCCCACUGUGCCGUAUACAGCGCCUGAGAGUGCGGCGCUGCAGAUUCUCUCGCAGCUCCUGACGCAUAAGCACCUGCACCACGAAAUUCGCGAAAAGGGAGGGGCCUACGGCGGGGGUGCUAGCUGCAAGGCGAUGGACGGGCUGUUCGGCUUCUACUCGUACCGAGACCCCAACCCGCAGAACACGGUCAAGAUUAUGCGCAACGCAGGGCGUUGGGCCGUCGACAAGGAGUGGACAGCACGAGACCUCGAGGAAGCCAAGAUCUCGGUGUUCCAGAACGUGGACGCGCCGAGGGCAGUGAACCAGGAAGGUAUGUCCAAGUUUCUGUCGGGUGUGACGGAGGAGAUGAAGCAGAAGAAGAGGGAGCAGCUCCUGGACGUGACGCAGGGGCAGGUGAAGGAGGCGGCGCAAAAGUACCUUGUGGAGGCGAUGGAGAAGGGCAAGGAGCGAGUCGCAUUUCUGGGAGAGAAGCGGCCAUGGGUCGACGAAGACUCGUGGACGCAGCGGGAGAUGAACGUGGAUGGCGCUGCGACCGAAUGA